AUGCCGGCGGGAUUAUCGGGAUCCAGCCCGUCUCCUAGUCCAGUGGAGCACAGCUUAAUUCCAAACGAGGAGAAGCGGGAGGCCGAUGGCGACUGCAGUGGCAGCGAUGAUGACGUGGAAAGCGUGGAGGAUGACGUGUAUGUCGGUCACCGCCAUAAACAGUCUCGUCGUUCGAUCCUUUCGGGACGGCUCGGGACGUUCGCUGCGAUGGUCAUGGCCGUCGCGUUCUUCUCAGUGGUCCUGGGGUUCGCCCUCGCCAUCUUCCUCACGUCCCACUCGCACGCCUCCUGCUCCUCCGCAUUUGACGGGGGCGGGGGCCCUCCGCCCUCCCCCACAGGCGCGCUGGACGGGCAGCCCACGGUGAUCCUCGUGUCGUUUGACGGGUUCAGACACGGGUACCACCUGAAAGCUGACACACCGAAUUUGAAUAGGCAUGGGAGGGCAGGCAUGGGAGGGCAGGCAUGGGAGGGCAGGCAUGGGAGGGCACGCAUGGGAGGGCACGCAUGGGAGGGCAGGCAUGGGAGGGCACGCAUGGGAGGUCGUAUGUGGGCGUGUGCGCAAGGAAGGGCACGCAUGGGAGGGCACGCAUGGGAGGGCACGCAUGGGAGGGCAGCACGCAUGGGAGGGCACGCAUGGGAGGGCACGCAUGGGAGGGCAGCCAUGGGGGGCCAGCCCACGGUGAUUGUCGUGUCCUUUGACGGGUUCAGACAUGGGUACCACCUCAAAGCCGACACUCCAAGUCUGAACAGGCACGGUUACCACCUGAAAGCGGACACACCGAAUUUGAACAGGUCGGCGGAAGGUGUGGGAGACAGUCUGGGAGGGCAGCCUACAGAGAUCCUCGUGUCCUCUGAUGGGUUGCGACAUGGGUACCAUCUUAAAGCGGACACAACCCAUCCGCCUACGAUGCUGGCAGAAGGUACAUUCGCAGAGCAUGGCAUGCUGCCCGUCUUUCCCUCGCUCACCUUCCCCUCGCACCACUCCAUGGCAACGGGCCUCCUCCCUGCAUCGCAUGGCAUCAUCGCCAACAAGUUCCGCCUCCCCUCCAACCACAGCGACGUGUUCUCACCAGGGAAUGUCGACCCCAGAUGGUGGCUGGGCGAACCCAUCUGGACCACUGUGAACCGGCAGGUGAGGGGGUGGGGAGGGCAGGGGGAAAGGUCAGGGGUGUGGGGAAUCAACACCAACAAGCUCCACAACCCCUCCAACCACAGCGACGUGUUCUCGCCUGGGAAUGUUGAACCCAGAUGGUGGCUGGGCGAACCCAUCUGGACCACCGUGAACCGGCAGGUAAGGGGAAGGGGAAGGGCGUUGAAGAGGGAUGAAACAGGAGAGGGAAAGGCAAGGGUGAACCGGCAGGUGAGGGGAAGGGGAAGGGCGUUGAAGAAGGGAGCAACAGGAGAGGGAGAUGUGAGGGGGUUGAAGGGGGUUCGGACCAGCCUUCCCUCCUUCCUCUCACUUUUCCUCCCCUCCCCUCUUCCCCCAUUCCACAUUGCCUCCUUCUCUCCUUCCUCCCUUCCCCAAUGCCCCUUCUCCCCUUCCCCCCUUUCACCCGUCUCCCCUUCCCUUUUUCCCCUUUUUCCCCCUUUCCCCUUCGCCCAUCCCCCCUUCUUCCCCUCUCCCCUGUCGGCCUUUCGCUUUCUGCUUUUCUGGUUGUUACUUUUGCAGGGCUUGCAGGCGGCAACAGUGUUUUGGCCGGGUUCUGACGUGUCGCGACCUGAUUGGCCGUGCCCGUCAGACUACUGCCUGCAAUACAACGAGUCGAUGCCAUUUGAACAGCGAGUGGACCAGGUGCUGGCAUGGCUGGACCUGCCUGCGCCCCUCCGCCCCUCCUUCCUCUCACUCUACUUGGAGGAGCCAGACGAGAGUGGGCACCUGGGAGGCCCGGACACGCCUCUGGUUGCUGCUGCUGUGAAGCGGGUCGAUGGCAUGCUAGGGCGCCUCUUGACAGGGCUUGAUCAGAGGAGCAUGACCAACGAUGUGAAUCUGCUGCUAGUGAGCGACCAUGGCAUGCUGGCCACAUGCAAAUCGCGAGUCAUCUCCCUGGAGCAGUUCGAGCCGUUCAUCCCCGGCCUCUCCCCCGCUUGGAUCGACUUCAGCUACCCGCUUCUCGGCAUCUUCCUCCCGCAAACAGACGCGCAACGCCGCCCGGGGUCUGCCGGCCAGGACUUUCGGAUGGAUGCGGCAGCAGUCGUGGGGGCUAUGAGGAGGGCGAUUGAAGGGGGGGGCAUUGUGAAUGGAGAGGCGCUGAAGGUGUAUUUGAGGGAGGAGUUUCCUGCGGAGUUUGAGUUUUCGGGAAGCGACAGAAUACCAGCUAUCUUGGCGCUGGCAGAUGAGGGCUACUCGGUGGUAUACCACCACUCGUCAGCAUGGGAUGGGGGCAUGCACGGCUACGACAACCGCCUUCCCUCCAUGCGCUCCAUCUUCAUGGCCCGAGGGCCGCGCUUCGCCUCCCACCGCAGAAUACCCACCUUCAGGAACACAGAGCUGUACAAUGUGAUUAGAAGCAUCUUGGAGAUUGAGCCUGCACCCAACAAUGGAUUCUUUAUUUCUCUUUCCUUCAUCUCUCUCUACCCAUCUUACUGCCCCAUGCAGCUGUACAAUGUGAUAACAAGCAUCUUGGAGAUUCAGCCUGCAUCCAACAAUGGGUCCUCGUCUUUUCCAGACACUAUACUAGUCUAA